GAGAGCAUUCCACGAGGAAUUGCCGAAUCAUCGAAGCUGGUGGGUCGCACUCCCUGGGGCCCUUGCUGUCCUUGUGUGGAAUGUUCCGAACCCAUUGUUUAAACAAUUUUGAACUGGGAAACACCUGAAACUGCAGAGCGAUGUCGCACCGAUGCACUUUCCAACUAAAUAAACCCAGCUUGAUCAUUACAACCGCACUUCUACGUGUUUCAUAUUCGCCGAAGUCAGUCAAUCGAGAUAAACAAGUUUAACACAAGUGAGUCAACAAUAGCAACAAUUCAGCGCAACAAUAGUGUUGUGAUUCGAUUGUCGUUAACAAUGCGGGCCUCACUAUUACGUGCGCUUGUUGUGUCCUUAUCAAUAUUAUUUGCAUCAUCUUAUGAAAUACCAAUCAACGCAAACACAAACUUAACCCGACAUGAAAAUUUAAAUCUACAAGUGCUAAACGCAAAAGUUAUAAAUGGCACAGUCGGCGAAGUGAUGCGUCUAAAAGUGAAUAAAAACACAGAAUAUAUCAUCCAAUACGAACCUGACAAGGAGCGUUUAACAGAAGUCCCAUUACGUGUGACCGUAUUCACGCAGGAUGCAACCCUGAAAAACCCUAUUAUAGUAGUUGUAAGACAACAGAAAGCUGUGUUGUCUUGGGAAUUACCGAUUCAUGUGGAUGACUCUAAUGGCGGCACAACAUUUCCGCGCAUAUCACGCACAUUAUGCUAUGAUCCAUGGAACAACGCCACGGAUCACCUCCAGAAUGGUUACAGUGUGAAGCGUUUGAUGCUAGAAGAUCCACCGAUUGUUUCAGUUGCGACGUCUAGUAUUGAUGAUGUUACGGUUGAGGUUACGGUCGAGCCGGAGGAUGAGUUUACAAUCGCACCUAAUCAAGAAUAUACGGUUGCUGUCACGCCUUCCGAACCGAAAUACUUUUAUUAUGAUUUUCCGGAUAAUGCCACGCAAACUGAUAAUACGCAGACGGUUGUGCUUGUGGUCACAAGUGAAGAUAAUGUUUGUAUGACUGUUAGCAUACAAAAUGCUAGCUGUCCGGUUUUUGACUUGAAUGUCGAUGUGAAGUUCGAAGGAUUAUGGGAAACGAUGAAUCGUAAAGGAGGAAUCACAAUAAGCAAAUCGAAAUUUCCCUAUGGAUUUUUCGUCGUUUUCGUCCCGCAAGGCGACGAUGUCGAAUGCGAGGGCGACGACAUGAUCGACGCACUCAAUCGCACAAAAAUAGUCAAAUACAUAAUCAAACCGAGUAUUUCCUACGUUGAUUAUGUCAAUGCCAUCAUGGCGACGUGCGCUUGCAUUGUCCUCUUCUACAUGGUCUUCGGCGUGUCGUUCUUCGUCUGCUCGAGUAAAGCAUACAUACCGCGAACGAUGGAAUACAUGGGCGAUUCGGCUGUGUAUACACCGACAACACCGGUGUCGGAACAUGAUAUGCUCGAUAACAUUUCGUGCGAAACUGAUUACGAUACAAUAGCGGAGACGAUCUUAGAUAAAGCGGAGAUUCUCGCGAAGGAUGAGGUGUUCCUGAGUGAUUUAGCACGCAAAGAUUUUCGCAUCUUGAAGAAGAAAUCUUAUUCGUAUUUGUGGCAUAUUUUAACUGUCGCAUUAUUUUAUGGAUUACCAGUUGCACAACUGGUUAUUACUUAUCAAAAGGUAUUAAAUGACACUGGUAAUCAAGAUUUGUGUUACUAUAACUUCCUCUGCGCACAUCCACUGGGCUUCCUCAGUGAUUUCAACCAUUUAUUCUCGAAUAUCGGCUAUGUAAUGUUUGGUCUCCUCUUUCUAUGGUGUGUGUACCGCAGAGAGUGUUGGCACAAAGAUAAUGACUUCGACGCGCAUUUUGGUAUCCCGCAACAUUACGGCAUGUUUUACGCGAUUGGUGUCGCCUUGACAAUGGAGGGUGUCCUCAGUGGCAGUUAUCACAUCUGCCCGAAUCAUUCCAAUUUCCAGUUCGAUUCGAGUUUUAUGUAUGUGAUCGCCGUGUUGGGAAUGGUGAAGAUUUAUCAGACGCGACAUCCGGAUAUAAAUGCGACUGCGUAUAGUACUUUUGGAGUGUUAGCUGUUGCUAUAUUUUUAGGAAUGUGGGGAAUUCUUGCGUCUAGUUAUUAUUUCUGGAUUGCUUUCACUGUGGUCCACAUUUUUGUUGGUUUGUAUUUGACUGCGCAGAUUUAUUACUUUGGCUGCUGGAAAGUUGGGAUCAAGAAUUAUUAUCAUAGCUGGGCGAAUAUCUGCCGGACACCUUGGGAUACUUUACGACCAAAAUAUACAAGUAGUUUUUUCCUAUUGACAAUUGGUAAUGUUUGUAAUUGGGCCCUGGCUAUUUAUGGACUUUUAUAUCAUCAGAAGGACUUCGCCAUGCAUCUCUUGGCUAUUUUCAUGAUUAACACAAUCAUGUACUUCAUCUUUUAUGUCGCUAUGAAGGUGAUACAUAAAGAGCGUGUGAAUACGCUGGCUCUUUGUUUUCUCGUCAUUUCGUUGACAUGUGCGACAACGGCGAUGUAUUGCUUUCUAAACAAGAGUAUAUCGUGGUCACAGACGCCGGCGGGUAGCCGACAGUUUAAUCAGGAAUGCAAGCUGAUGCGGUUUUAUGAUUAUCAUGACAUUUGGCACUUCCUGAGUGCCGUUGGGAUGUUUUUCAUGUUUAUGGUGAUUCUACUGCUUGAUGAUGAUUUGUCGCAUGUGCAUAGGACUAAGAUUCGCGUUUUUUAAGUUUUUAUUGUUACGAGAAAAUCUAAGAGGUAUGUUUUUGUUUUAAGAGAUGAUUUUUUUAUGCUUAAUGCGUCAUAAUUGUAUAAUAUGUAAAUGUGAUAGAAUUGCGCGCAAUAUGAAGGUGCGUAUAAUAUAACUGUGACUUUAAUUGUAUUAGUUUGGUCCGGAUAUUAUGCCGAGACCGAUUAUAAAGAGGAUGAAGCAGGAACAAAAUGAAGUUGAUGAUUGCAGA